UCCUUAUUUGGUGGUCUUUUCGGGUAUCCUGGGGGACCGUUAGUCCCGCCCCUCGAAAGGCGGGAAGGCUGGGCUGGAUUCAAAGUCCCCAGGUCAGUUCCUGGAACUGGGUGGUCCGGAGAAUUUCGGUCUGAUGCAACCUGUGAAUCUGAUUGUGUUCCCCUGCCUGGGGCCAGUUGGCCUUACACUUUCCUUUGCACACUGAGUGACCUUAAGGCAAAUUAUGUAACAGCACUGUUUCCUCAUCCACAAAAUGGGUAUAAUAAUGAUCAUGAUAUUUAGCUGACAGGGUUGCAUGAAAAUUAAACAAGGUACCUGAUACCUGACUCUGCGACUUGCUGAUUUUUUUUUCAGUGUUUCCCAUAUGCCAGGCAGGUGCUGAGGGCUUGACAAACCUCAUCUCACGGAAGCUCCCCGAUGCCUAUGAUAAACACCUUCCUUCUCAUUUUGGAAACUGCAACUAAAGUACUGUCUUCGUCUUCUCACGGUUAAAAGGUGUCAGAGCUGCAAUGAAAGCUUCCUUAAGUUCAGCCCAAACCUCUUCAUCUUUUCUCAUUUUUUACCCCAAUAGCUAGACUUUUCUGAGUUUUGUCUACCCUCAUCUUGAACACAGUGACUUUCACCUAAUGGCCUUCAGAAAUUCAUGUGGAGUGAAUAUUAGAUGAGAACUAUGUGGUCGUUGCCUUUCCAGGAUUUCUGGUGUCCCCGCAGAGCCCCUGGGUCAGGCCACGUCACUGAGGCUGCAGGAUCUCCCUUCACAGCUCCAGCCUGACUCUUCCCAGCAGCUUUGAUUGGAGCCUUCUGAUGCCCACCCAGCUCCAGGCUCCUGGAAAGAGUGGAGCUGUCAGCAAAAGAGACCAAGAAUUGAAGCCCAGAAAGGACAUGCUUGCUGAUGUGAAUUUACCGCAGAGGCCCCAGGUCUUGGGUUCAGAAGAGCGGGACGGAUCAUGUGAGAGCAGAGUACACGUGGCCGAUGUUUCCUCAUCCAUGGGCACUGUGUGUCACAGAGGAAACUGAACUGGCUGAUGAAGGAGGAUGUGUAGUAGAAGAGGGCUGUCCCUGGGGCAAAGGAAGAAGAAAAAGGCUCCGUAUCAUUUGAGGACGUGACCAUAGACUUCAGCAGGGAGGAGUGGCAGCAACUGGACCCUGCCCAGAGACGCCUGUACCAGGAUGUGAUGCUGGAGAUCUACAGCCACCUCUUCUCCGUGGGGUAUCGCAUUCCCAACCCAGAGAUCAUUUUCAGGAUGGAAAAGAGAAAGGAGCAAUGGAUGAGGGAGGCUGAACUCCCACGUCAGAGGUAUCACGAAGGGGAGUCUGGGCUUGAAACCCUACAAUGGGAAAUUUCUGAAACGGCUUCAUUUCACAAUGAGAUGUUGGAUGAAGUCACAAGAGAUGGCACAUGGUGUUCCAUUUUAGAAAAGCUGUGGGAAGAAGCUGACCAAACAAAGAGAGAUCAGAAAAAUCAAAGUAAACCUUCACAUCAGGGGGCUUUCCUCAACAAGAAAAAAUUGAACACAGAGAGGGACCGUAACUAUAAGGACCCUGGAAAAAUCAUCCGUGCGAGGCCCCACCUUGUUUCUUCACAAAAGAGACCUCGUAAAGGUUGCUCUCGUGCAAAAAGGUUGAAACCUAACCUAGAAGUAAAUCAUCAAAAUCAAAGCAACACCACAGAACACCUUGAUGAGAUGGUUGAAUCUGGUCAGCUAUUCACCCACAGCUCUUCCAGUGCCAGCUGCAAAAAUACUCAUACAGGAGAGAACUUCUGUGAAGGUAAUUCAUGCACAAAAGGCUUCGGCCAUAAACAGUCAUUCACACAACAUCAAGUUCACACCCAGGAAAAACCAGAUAAGUGCACUGAGUGUGGGAGGGACUUUACCCAGAAGUCACACCUCCUUGAACAACAGAGAUUCCAUAGUGUAGAAAACCUCCAGGAAUGUGGUAAAUGUGGGAGAGCCUUCACCCCACAACCAAAACUCGGUGUAUAUGUGACAGAUCAUACAGGUAACAUACCGUAUAUAUGUAAGGAAUGUGGAAAAGUCUUUGUUCAGAGGCCAGAACUGGUUACACACCAGAAAACUCACACUAGAAAGAAGCCCCAUAAAUGCCAUGAAUGUGGAAAAGCCUUUUUCCAGAUGUUAUCUCUCUUCAGACAUCAGAAAACUCAUACUAGAGAAAAACUCCAUGAAUGCAGUGAAUGUGGGAAGGGCUUCUCCCAGAAUUCAACCCUCAGUAUACAUCAGAAAAUUCAUACCGGCGAGCGACAGUACGUAUGCAGUGAAUGUGGGAAGGCCUUCACCCAGAAGUCAACACUCAGCUUGCACCAGAGGAUCCAUUCAGGGGAUAAGUCUUACGUGUGUAUUGAAUGUGGCCAGGCCUUUAUCCAGAAGGCACACCUGAUUGUACAUCAGAGAAGUCACACAGGAGAGAAACCUUAUCAGUGCCACAACUGUGGAAAAUCCUUCAUUUCCAAGUCACAACUUGAUAUACAUCAUCGAAUCCAUACUGGGGAGAAACCUUAUGAAUGUAGUGACUGUGGGAAAACCUUCACCCAAAAGUCACACCUCAACAUACACCAGAAAAUUCACACUGGAGAAAGACACCACGUGUGCAGUGAAUGUGGGAAGGCCUUCAACCAGAAGUCAAUACUCAGCAUGCAUCAGCGAAUUCACACUGGAGAGAAGCCUUACAAAUGCAGUGACUGUGGGAAAGCCUUUACUUCCAAGUCACAAUUCAGAGAGCAUCAGCGGAUCCACACUGGAGAGAAACCCUAUGUAUGCACUGCAUGUGGGAAGGCUUUCAAUGGUAGGUCAAAUUUCCAUAAACAUCAGAUGACUCACAGUAGAGAGAGAACUUUUGCCUGUUACAAGUGUGGACACACCUUCACCCAGAAAUCAGAGCUGAUUACACAUCAGAGAACUCAUAUAGGAGAGAAACCUUACGAAUGCUGUGACUGUGGGAAGUCCUUCAGUAGGAAACCACAACUCAAAGUGCAUCAACGAAUCCACACGGGAGAGAGACCUUACAUGUGUUCCAAGUGUGGGAAGAGCUUCAACAACAGAUCAAAUUUUAAUAAACACCAAACAACUCAUACCAGAGACAAAUCUUCAGUUCCUAAUAUGCAUAUACGUAAAUGAAAUAAACUCUGAAUUUCUUGAAGAAAAAAAUCUUAUGAGUCAGAUUUAGUCAUAUAUUAUAGAAUUCAUGCUUCAGAAAAACUCUAGGGAUGCACUGCAUGUCACCAAGGUACACAUUUUAUGUGAAGGAAAUUACUCAGGAAAGAACUUUUAAGAAUGAGUGGAAAUGUCCAUAUUUGUACUAGCCUCAUUAAAAGUUAUAAAAUUCACUUGGGGAAGAAACCCUGACUUAUGCAUUGAGAAGUUUCUGUAGAGUAUGGUAUAAGACAGAAUCUUUAGGUCAGCAUAUUUAUUUAUAUACACACAUACACAUACCCUCAAUUCUGUAGUGUCUGCUAUUGAAUUCACUGCAGAACAGUAGGUGUCAAUAGAUUAUAUAUUUUUUAAAAGAACCUAAUAUAUACACAGAUGAAUGUACAUUUUUUGGUAAGUGUAUAAAUGUGAUUCUAGUCUUCACAGUGUCAUUUUUCUCUUCUUUCAUGAUUAAUUCAGCUCUACCCUCCUCUUUCCACCUCCACCAUCUAUGGUGAAACUUUUACUCUAUGGGCUCUAUCAUAUUUUUAUACACGCUACUAAACCAUUUAGGCCAAGAGUCAGCAAACUGGCCAUCAGCCAAAUCUGGUUGGCCACCUGUGUUUUUUAAAUAAAGUUUUAUUGGAACACA